AUUAGGAUUUUUCACUGUAGCAAUUAUACAGUACUGCAUGUAGAAAUGGUACACAAAGCAGAGCUAUUGGCAGCUUUGUCUCAACAAAGACAUAACCUCUAACUGUAUUUAUCUUUGGAUUGGCAAUGCAUCUUGUGAAUGGGGAGGUGGUAAAGGUGCCUCUUUGUGUCCUUGGGGUGGGGCUGGAGGAGGGUGAGUUGAAGGAGAGAAAGCUACUACAGAGAAGCCAAAACUUUGAUCCCAUUGAUGUGCUGCAGGAGGCUGUGCAGCUGAAACCCAAGCCCAGUAACAUGUCAGACUUUGUGAACUAUUCUAAGCAUCAGUUGCUGACGCCGAGAUGAGGGGUGGGGGUUUCUGGGGGCACAUAUGCGCCUCCAUAAGAACUCCCAAUAGGAACUGACGGUUGCUACAAGCACCAUCUGACAUGCAGUCCCUUAAUGUUGGGAAAUUAAGCUGUUUAUAGCCCCCCCCCCCUCGUAUCACAGUUCACAGUCCCCAGUGUGAGAGUCUGGUCAGAUCCAUUUGUGGAUGAGCGUUUUUUUAAUGCUCCACAGGGUUGUGAUGCAGAAACGUAGUUCGGCGUUUGGUCAGGCAAGUGAGGUUUGGUGUGAAGGCAGAUCGCUAGGAGCUGUAGUGACCUUGGGACUGCUUGCUGAGGGCAGGACAGAAUUCCUGAAGGGACACAUGGUCUAGAGUGACAAGGCCAUCUGCUGUAGCGCCAGCAGUAGGAGGAAGGUGGAGGGGGGUUGGACACGGGGGUGGAGGGUGCUGAGAAUUCCUUUUGCUGGGGUGUGGAGGGAGUAGAUAUUCUGGGAUAUCGCUGCUAGCACUCCACCAGGAAACGUGUUUCUUUGGUGUUUUUCACACGGAAAUCUUGAGAGAGAAUUUUUGAACACUUGAUGGUGAGUGGGGAUCAUUGCAGGGUUAAAUGGGGAAGAUAUUUUCCUGGCCCGCCACCUCUCCACGAAGCGGUUGGUGAUAAUGGUCUUGGUGCAUCGCCGUUCUACUUUGGUGGAUCCAGUUUCCUUUCCAUCUCAGCACAGCCGGAGCUGAGAGAGCGGGAUCUGGUAGGCCUUCUGGCACCGACCUCUUGAGAGGAUCAUCUUCAAGGGAUCUUCUUUGGAGUUGUACUGUGCAUGGCAAGGAUCUACUUUCCUGCUGCCUCACUGAAAUUGCAUGGCCUAAACGAAUGAAUAUUUUUAUGAGGCGCCUUGCACCAGAGAUGGGCCAGGACCAAACCAAGCAGCAGAUAGAGAAGGGCCUGAGGUUGUAUCAGUCCAAUCAGACAGACAAAGCCCUGCAUGUGUGGACAAAAGUGCUGGAGAAAACCUCAGAUCCUGGAGGGAAGUUUCGGGUGUUGGGGUGCCUGAUCACAGCUCACUCAGAGAUGGGAAAAUAUAAAGAUAUGCUCAAGUACGCCCUCGAUCAAAUCGACACAGCCAGAGAAAUGGAGGACCCAGACUACCUGACAGAGGGCUACCUGAACUUGGCACGCAGCAACGAGAAGCUAUGCGACUUCCAGAAAACUGUCUCAUACUGUAAGACCUGUUUGAACAUGCAGGGCACCACUGUCAGCCUGCAGCUCAACGGGCAGGUGUGUCUCAGCAUGGGCAACGCCUUCCUGGGCCUCAGCGUCUUCCAGAAGGCUCUGGAGAGCUACGAGAAGGCUCUGCGCUACGCACACAACAACGACGACAAGAUGCUGGAGUGCAGAGUCUGCUGCAGUCUAGGAAACAUAUACGUCCAGCUUAAGGACUAUGAGAAAGCCCUGUUCUUCCCUUGCAAAGCAGCUGAGCUUGUCAAUGACUACGGCAAAGGUUGGAGCCUCAAGUAUCGGGCCAUGAGCCAGUAUCACAUGUCUGUAGCCUACAGGAAACUGGAGCGCCUGCCAGACGCCAUGGAGUGCUGCGAGGAAUCUAUGAAGAUCGCUCUGCAGCAUGGUGACCGUCCUCUGCAGGCUCUGUGCUUACUAAACUUUGCUGACAUACACCGCUGCAGGCGUGACACUGAUAAAGCAUUCCCUCGCUACGAGUCUGCACUGGGUAUCAUGACUGAGAUCGGAAACCGUCUUGGACAAGCACAUGUCUACCUGGGUGUCGCAAAAUGUUGGCUUUUGCAGAAAGAAUUUGACAAGGCUCUUGAUUCUUUGCAGCGAGCACAGGAAUUAGCCGAUGGAAUGGGAAACAAGCUGUGCACACUGAAGGUUCACUGCCUGAGUGAGGGGAUUUAUCGAAGCCGGGGGCAGCAGGAGGAGCUCAGAGAGCAGGUGGUGAAGUUCCUGCAGUGUGUCGAGGAGCUGGAGCUCUACUGUGGCAUGUGUGGAGAGUCCAUUGGGGACAGGGACCAAAAGCUGCAGGCCUUGCCCUGUUCCCACAUUUUCCAUCUCAAGUGUCUGCAGACAAACGGGACAAAGGGUUGUCCUAAAUGCUUCAAAUCCUCCAUGAAGCCUGGAUUUGUGUGAUUGUGAGACAGUGUUUGUGCAUUGGAUCUGCAAACACAGCGCGACGCCUCGCAGGCUCCUGACUGAUCUGAGAGAAGCAGGUAGCCUCAGGUUGUGCUGAAGAUGUUUGAGGAGUAAUAAUUCACUGCUCCCAUGCAGAGGAUGCUGAACCGAACCCAGAGUGUCCCAGAGUACGGCUCUGAGGACGCGAUCAAGGCAUCCAUUUCAUUUAUGGACAUCAGUCUGUGAGCGACUGACGCUGACUGAGGAGGUAUAACUGACAGUUACAUUUCAAUAUAAGCUGAAGAAGAGACCCUACAUUGUCUCUGAUGACUGGCCAUUUGCUGCAGAAUUUAAAGAGAGAGGAUUAUGUACUGUCCAAAGAGCAUUUAUAAUGUGUACUUGCUAUUUCGUGCAUUAGAACUCUUUAGUAAAAGUGAGAUGAAAUGAUCUUCAGUGAUAUCUCAGUAGACUUAGUCACAGGGUUUGUCGUUCAAAUUCAACACCACAUCUGCUCAUUCUUUACUCUCAACAGUUUUCUGAUUUUUUCAAAAUCAGGACACAGAGCCAUUUCUGAAUUUAACUGAUUUCAUACUUGGUAUAUUUAUUAUUGUAUUCAUGUACAUACUAUUCUCAUAUUAAUUUGUGUUAAUGGCUUGAUUUUUUGAGGUGUUUUGUAAAACCUAAAACUAACUAAAAUCUCUUAACCAUUCAAAAACCAGUAUGUCUUUACAAAACAGGUUCAUGCAGCUGUUUUUUUUCCUUCUUCACAAAAGAUUAAGGAGCAGGCUCAACACACAUUGUGUUCAUACAAAUUCCUUUUCUGGAAAUGUUUUACUCUUAACUCUGACACCACAUAAUAUUGUUGCAAUUGGGAAAGGAUCUUCUUUGACCAAUCGCUCACUUGUCAAAUUAUUUAGAAGAUACAUACAGUCUGUUUUAAUGUAGUGCCUUCAUAUUUGUAGUCAUAUGUAAAUAUGAAUUAACUGUUAAAAUUGCAGUCGUCAAAUUGAGAUUAUUUCUUUGUAAAAGCAUUGUAAUUUCAAAGCGGUUUUAAGGGUGAAAGCUAAAAAGUUGAGCUAUCACGUUAACUGUUGCAUGUUUAUUCACAACACCGAGCAACAGGAUUGGAUUACAUCAAAUUAUGUAUCCAUGUAACUGUGUAUUUAAUUAUUUCAUAAUUUUUUGUUAUAGUAUUUCUUAAUAUUCAGUGGCUUUUACCAUUCAUAUCCAUUCUAUAUCUGUUCAGUUUAUUUGAAACAUUUUGUCAUUUGGAGAAAAAAAAAGCCAUCAAUCCACACCAUCAUUACUCACAAUAUUUUUCAUCUACAGUAGGUUUACCUCAAAAACCGGGUUUCUAAAUUUCUUCUUAGUAUUCUUUUAAAACUCUUUUUAACAUGUUCAGUUGUAUGGUGAAAAUGGAAUAAAUGCCUGGUACUGCAGGGACAAAAUCAUUUCAGUAAAUACUAUUUAAAUACUAGUUAGACAUGACAAACUCACAUACACUCAAUACAUACAAUUUUUAAAGUAGUUUUCUCUCUCUGUUACAUCAUGUGAGUAGCUUGACAACAGGAGAAGAGAGAGACCAACAAAUUUACCUUUACUGCACAAGCACUUAAUGUUUCUCACUGUAAGAACAAAUCUCUGCUUGACCUCAGUUGUUGGUCCUUGUUUGAGGUCCCUGCAGCCAAAGUAAUGUUAAUGAACUGUCUGUUUACCUGUCAUACAGUCAACGUAAAACUCUUGUAAAGCAUAGAUAUUAUCUACACUGUUAAUUAUUGUCGAUUGAGGUGUAGAGAAGAUCUUACUGACACAGCAGCCACUCAUCUUUAACGGUUUAAACUACCUCUGUUUUUGACUCCUCCUCAGAGGAUUAAUGCAGUAAUAACACAACAUUUAAAUACAUGUAGAAUUGUUAUGUUUUUCUAGACAUUAUGUUGAUAUAACCGUGAUUUAAAUGAUUUAAAGUCUGACUAAAAUGCAUUGUUAAUAUAUUUAUGCAUUGAGUCAAUCCAUGUUACUAUGGAGACAUUUAAUUAUGAAAAAUAAAGUACAC